AUGGAAGUGCCUUGUUACCUGUCCAAGCUGCUCUUUGAACUCAAUGAGCAGCGUAAGCGUGACUUCUUCUGUGACUGUAGCAUCCUCGUCGAGGGGCGGGUCUUCAAGGCCCAUCGUAAUGUCCUAUUUGCUGGGAGUGGCUACUUUCGGGCUCUUUUGGUUCAUUACCUGCAGGACAGUGGUCAGCGCCACAGCACAGCAUCGCUGGAUAUUGUGACAGCUGAUGCCUUCUCUAUCAUCCUGGACUUCCUCUACUCUGGUCGCCUGGCCCUGAGCAGCAGCAAUGUCAUUGAGGUGAUGUCAGCAGCCAGUUACCUGCAGAUGACUGACCUCGUCAGCUUCUGCAAGGGAUACAUCCGCUCCUCUCUGGAGAUAUGCAACAGGGAGAAAGAGCGAGACAAAGAGAGAGAGAACAGGGAACAGGAUGGAGGAGAAGGUCCUGCUGAUAGCGGUACCCCUACCUUGUCCAUCUCCAGUGUUGCAGGAGCUGGAGAGCCUUUUUCACAGGUUGCGGAGGCAGAUAGAGGGACAGGUUCAGGAUCUGAGUGCGUCGCCUCAGCUGGAGCUCCCUCCUCUGUGCCUGUGUCCAGCCUUGCACGUGGCAGCAGGGACACAGAGAAUGACUGUAGUGCCAGGGGUGACUUUGCCUCUGGGAGAGAUGGACAAAAGGGACACAGAGAUCAGACCAACCUCUCUUCCUCCUCAUCCUCUGGGUUGACCCCGGAGCUAGUGAACCCCAAGAUUGAGUACGACCCUGACGAAGAGCUGGUGGAGUCCCCUGACACCAAAGAGCUUUCUUUGUAUUCAGGACCCUCUCUUAAUCACCCUCAUCAUAACAGGCUACUUCCCCCCAGUCCUUCUCCCAGCAAUGACCGCUCCCCAUCAGGAUACAGUAACUCCAUAAAUGCAAGACAGUUUAUGGAGAUGCAUCCCAGAGGCGAAGGAUCCAGUCCUCUUGGAGACAGAGUAGAGCAAGGCCAGCGCUUUACCCAUGGACUAGGUACUGGAGGACGGGUGGAUGAGGGCCUGGGUUUGGGAGGAUCAUCAAUCAUGGAAAUUCAGUCAGACUGGUUUGGAGAGGACACAGGCGAUGGUUUGGUAGUGCCAGUGAAACUCCACAAAUGCCCAUUCUGCCCAUACACUGCCAAGCAGAAGGGAAUUAUGAAGAGACACAUUCGCUGUCACACUGGAGAGAGACCCUUCCCCUGUCCCAUGUGCGGCAAGAGGUUCACACGGCAGGAACACCUGCGAAGUCACGCACUCAGUGUCCACAGGCACUGCUGGCCAGUAGCAUGUAAGAGCUGUAGGCGAACCUUCACUGGCUCCAAUGUUUCCCCGGGACUCAGACGUUUUGGGGUUUGUGAUAGCUGCAACUGUGUGACAACCACCCAUGAUGACUCUAUCCCCAUCCAUCCUGCUAGCCAUCCAGAGGCAAUGGAGCGCGGAGAGGGCAGCACUGACUGGUCCAGUUUUAUGGAUGAUGUAGAUGAGGUCGAGGUUGGCAGAGUUGAGGACUUGGUGGAGAAACAAAUGCUUGACAGGCAGCUGGAUGAUUCUGGGGGGAUUGCAUACUUCCACCUCUCCAGAUCACAAUUUCAUCCGCAAACAUCAUAGUCCAGGGAGACUCCUGCCUGAUCUCGUCCAUCAACCUGCCCAUCAUCAUUGCAAACAAGAAAUGUGAUUAUAAAAUUGACAAGUUACUUGUAAAGUUAUCAAAUUUUCAUAAACAAGCUCUGCUGGCCUGGAACUGAUUUACAAACAUUAUUUUUUCACCAACUAAUUACUAC